UUUCUCUCUCUCUCUCUCUUGCUUUUUCAGCCUCUGUAUCUCUCUAGCAUUCUCUCUCUCUAGCUUUAGCUCUCUUUGGGUUUUCAGCUCCUCUGUCCAUGGCUUUUCAGCCUCUGCAUCUCUCAAUUGGUCGUUCAGCCUCUCUCUCUCUCUAACUCUCCCUCUGGUUUUUCACCCCUCUCUCUCCUCUAUCGUAGUUUUUUAACUCUCUCUCAGAGCAUUUCUCUAUCUCAGUCUUUCGCCAUAUCUCUCAUAGUCAUUUCAGGUUUUCUCUCUGUAUCUCUCUUUGUUUUCGUCUCUCUCUCUCAAUUUUUGGGCUUUUCUUUCUCUUGUUUUUUUUAGGGUCUCUUGGUUUUCCAGUCGACCCCCCAGCUGCCUUUUUAUCUCUCUGUGUAACUCUCCUGUAUUUCUGUGUGCGUUUUUUUUGGCCGUGUAUGGGAGAAAUUAAGAAAAAAGUGAAGGUGGAGAUGAGAGGAGGAGAGAGAAACAGUAGGGUUUUGGAGGAGGAAUUGGAGGCCAUGGAUAUGAGCGGCUUGGGGCUGGAAAAGGUUCCCUCAUCCCCCUCCAUUAAUUUGGCAGUCAUCAGUAAAUUGGACCUCUCUAAUAAUAAUUUAGAGAGCAUUCCCGAGUCAUUAAUAGCGAGGUUGCUAAAUUUGGCUAUAAUGGAUGUGCACUCAAACCAGUUGAGGUUGCUGCCAAAUUCAAUUGGAUGCUUGUCUAAGCUCAAGGUCCUCAAUGUUUCUGCGAACCUACUAGAAACACUCCCAAAAACCAUUGAAAAUUGCAAGGCAUUGGAAGACCUGAAUGCCACUUUCAAUAACAUAACAACGCUCCCUGACACCAUCGGAUUCGAGCUCCUAAACUUGCGGAAGCUCUCCCUGAGCUCAAACAAGCUCCCCCACCUUCCAUACUCCACCUCUCACCUCACCUCCCUACGAGUUCUCGACAUCCGCCUCAAUUGCCUGAGAUCUUUACCCCAAGACCUGGAAAACCUAGUAAACUUAGAGGUCUUAAAUGUGAGCCAAAACUUUCAGUACUUAGAAACCUUGCCAUAUUCUAUAGGUCUCUUGCUCUCUCUUCGAGACCUCGACGUCAGCUACAACAAAAUUAAGGUUUUGCCCGAAUCGAUAGCCGGGUUGACGAAGUUGCAGAAGCUGUGUGUUCUAGGGAACCCUCUGGUUUCUCCUCCCAUUGUAGUCACAGAGCAAAGCAUUGAGGCAGUGAAAGAGUAUCUACUGAAUAAAAUGAAUGGUAACGGAAAAGAAGCCAAGAAGUCAUGGAUUGGAAAGCUGGUUAAGUGUGGGACUUUCAAUGGAUCCAUGCUGAAUGCUACAGGGAAAGAAGGGUUUUUGCCUUCGAAGGAUUAUAGAUCAAUUGAUGGGCUCUCUUCACCUGGUUACCUGGGGAUGUUCUCUCCUAAGAGGCUCUUUUCUCCAAGGCAUCAUUUUGCAAGAUGAGAGAGAUUUGUUGGGGUUAGAGAGAGAAUGUGCAGAGUGAGAAUGGGGGUUUUCUUUUAGCAUGUUGGGUGUCAAUAUUAUGCAUUUACACUGUUGUUAGACUUAUGAUUUGGUUUUGGGUCUGUGGAAUUUGUUUUAUACUUUGUGGUUUUAGGUUUAGCUUGUGAGAUGAACAAGUUCAUAGAUGAUUUAUUUUGAACUAUCGCAUGCUGGCUUGGGUUUCUAGUUUGAGUCAGCCUCUGCCUAGACUUGCUUCUUUAUUAAGGAAUUGAAAGAGGAAAAAAAAUUUGAAA